AUGGACCAGAACAUCAAGGUGAGGUGUUCCAGGCAGCUGAUCCCCACCCUCACACUUUAUCUUCUGGGCUGCCUUAUUCCUGCCUUAACCUUGCCUACAACAGAACCUCCACUGAUGGAUGGCCACCCGUUUGUGGUCAUAUGGAAUGCUCCUACCAAUGUGUGCAAGCAGCUGGAGAUCCCUCUGGACACCUCGGUUUUCCAUGCAGUGACCACUCCGGCGGCCGUUCCUGGUCAGUUCCUCACCCUCUUCUAUGUAGACCGGUUGGGCCUCUAUCCCCACGUUGACCCAGUCACCAAACAAGAGUACAACGGCGGAAUUCCUCAGAAGGGCAACUUGACAGCCAACCUGAUGAAGGCCAGUAAUGACAUCGCCCACUUCAUGCCCUCAGACUCCAUCCCUGGCCUGGCCGUUAUCGACUGGGAAGACUGGCGCCCGAUGUGGGAGAGAAACUGGGGAUCCAAGGAUAUCUACCGGCAGCUAUCCAUCUCUUACGCUAAAGAGAAAGACCCCACUUUGCCUCAAAACCAAGUCACCCCAACUGCCAAGAGGCAGUUCAAAACCGCUGCUAGGAACUACAUGCAGGAAACCAUGAUGCUUGGGAGAAAUAUCCGGCCGAGCCAGCUGUGGGGCUUCUACCUGUUCCCCGAUUGCUACAACUACGGCUGGGAGAAGCCGGGUUACACGGGAACAUGUCCGGUAAACACCCAGAAACUCAACGAUCAACUGCUGUGGUUGUGGGAAUCCAGCACAGCCCUCUACCCUUCCAUCUACCUGCCCCUGUCGCUGAGCGACAGCCCCAACGCGGCAUACUUUGUGCGGAAUCGCAUUCAGGAGGCGGUGAGGGUGGCGGCACUGACCCAGCGCCCGUACACUGUGCCCAUCUACGUGUACUCACGCCCGCUCUACCGCGACCAGAACAAACUGUUCCUCAGUCAGGAGGACUUGGUUAGAAGUGUAGGAGAAAGUGCAGCCCUUGGAGCCUCAGGAACAGUGAUGUGGGGUGCCAGUGCAGACUACCAUGGCAAGGCAGAAUGUGAAGCUCUUUCUGCAUACUUGACAAGCACCCUGAACCCCUACAUCGCUAAUGUGACUGCCGCCGCUAAGCUCUGCAGUGAUGUCCUGUGCCAGGGCAAUGGCCGUUGUGUCAGAAAGAACUACGAUUCCACAGACUACCUUCACUUAAACCCUGACAACUUCCAUAUCCUGAAGUUGGAAGAGAAGUACCUGGCUGUUGGCUUGCCCUCCUCUGCAGACCUCAAUCUCUUGGCCGAUAAAUUCACCUGCCAAUGCUACACUGGUCACACCUGCUCAGACAUAUUAUCUUAUCCAAGCAAGCCAAUAGCCAUUCAGGUUUAGCAUACUGUACAGUUUGUACACUACAUUAUCACAGCGAUUGAUUUGUAAAGUCAAGACAUGUCCAUGUAGUGUGACAAUGUACUGUAUGUAUACCUAAAAUCAGAGUCAAAGUAUAAUUCCAUGUGAUUCACAAUAAGAUUAUAUAUGAUUUUUCUGGAAUCCAGGACUUGAAUAUUUGA